UGUGAAGUCCUCAUACGAUUCGAGUAACGCAACGGAGCAAAUUUCAUUCUUCUUCUUUCUUUCUGUUACUGGCCAGUUUCUGUCUAUUGUUCUGUCCACGAAGUCGAACCCUUCUGAAAUACUCGUCAGUCCUUCCCUUCCUCUAUCUCACUCCACUUGUUGUAUUGACAUUAUGGCACUUUGUGGUUGCUGUUGUUGUUAGCUCGCUCUGUAAGUAGUUUCAGUUGCUCCGUUCUUGUUCAGUUGCAUCACAUUUGGAAUGGCUACAGAGAGUUCGUAUCCUUUUAGAAAUUUUCGCCUUGAGCAAGGAAGAAAGCCUACAGUAGUGGUUUCAUUACCACACCUAAGACACCAUCACUCGGUAAUACCGCUGACGUGACUAGUAAUAUUUUCAUAGAUAGAAGAAACCAAGCAGCAGAUUAUGGAGCUUGUUGAGCCCAAGAGCAGACCAGGUACAUGGAUAUUCGGCUACGGCUCACUGAUUUGGAGGCCAGACUUUGAGUACGACAGAAAGGAGACCGCGUUGCUGCGCGGUUACGGUCGCUACUUCUGGCAGGGCAGCUGGAGCUCCCGAGGAACAAAGGAACAGCCUGGACGAGUAGCUACAAUAACUGAAGAGGAAGAUGCUGAGGUGUGGGGUGUGGCGUUUCGAGUUAGCCGCAAAGCAAUGGAGAAGACGAAGACACGUCUUGCUAAGCGCGAGACAGGCUACGAUCUGAUGAGAUGUGAUGUAAGCACCCUCAGCGGUGAGGUCAUCUGCGCUGAAGUGUACAUCGCCCGGCAGAGAAACGAGCAGUACAUGGGCCCAACGCGGACCCUCCAGCACACGGCAAACGACAUCCUACAGGCCCGGGGCAAGAGCGGAAGCUGCGUGGACUACCUGAUCGGCCUGGUUACGGCGCUGCGUCAUCACGUACCAGCCAACCGUAACCCUUGCGAUGGCCAUCUAGUCCAGUUAGAAGGUGCCGUGCGCUGGCGACUCGAUACACUCGCCUUGCACAGCGAUCGACUGCUGACUACCUCACAAGUGGACGUGCAGAAAGGCAAGCAAGAACUUGGAGUAGAGGCUGAAGAUUGAACAGUGAGGGCAUGCUGUUGCCAAUGCUUGCCUGGGAGCGGACAAGGAAUUGAGCUGUGUACUGUGUACUGUGUGCUGUGGUCAUAUCAUGGGACCUUUGUGGGGAUCAUGCGUGAAGAGGAAAACCUGUGAUUGCUGUAGUGUAAUGAGUAGCAUCAUGACAGAACUCUAUCCCUAGGCAUAGCAUUGUCUGUCUCCUGGUUUCUCCUUCCUACUCCCUACACUCACUCGCAUUGAUCUAACGUGCGUACGUGUGUAAGAACCGCACCCUGCCUGCUGUACCAUAGACUCAUGCAUUCAUGUACCGCUGUACUUGCUGGCUGCGCAUCACUAACCCUUCCCCUUCUAUGGCACAGUCCCCGCACUGAAUGCAGUACUCGGGUGCGCGUGCGUAUUCAUGUCUGAGUGCACUGCCCUCGGGCUCCAUCUAUACAUGGCAUCCCGUACUGGGCACGCUGCUUCCGGUCGCUGUUGUGUGCACGCAGCGCCGUAGUCUAUUCCGCUCUCUGUCUUCUCUACACAGUGAUUCCUGUGUAGAGCUCUCUUCGUUUCUGCUCUCCUUGUAGUUAGUUGUGCUUUUCCGUGUCCGAUAAUGUUCCCCCUUCUGCAAUAAAGAUUCAGGCGAAACUA